UAUUCAACAUGGCUGAGAAUCAAACAUGCACCGUGAUAGGCGGUUGUGGAUUUCUUGGACGACACAUGGUAGAUCAGUUAUUAAAAAGAGGUUAUAAAGUUAAUGUCUUUGACAUCAGGCAAACUUUUCAAAAUGAUAAAGUUAGCUUCUUUACAGGGGAUCUCUGCUCACAACAGGAUCUUUUUCCAGCUGUUAGUGGUGUAGGUGUGGUGUUUCACUGUGCGUCUCCUCCAGCUGCUAGUAAUAACAGAGAACUGUUCUACAGAGUAAAUUAUAUUGGUACACAGAAUGUUAUCGCAAUGUGUAAGAAAGCAGGGGUUCAGAAAUUGGUAUUGACAAGCAGUGCUAGUGUUGUGUAUGAAGGUACAGACAUCCAGAAUGGAAAUGAAGACUUGCCAUAUGCGAAGAAGCCGAUAGAUUACUACACACAGACAAAGAUACUGCAGGAAAAGUUAGUAUUGGAUGCCAACGAUUCUGAGCAUGGGUUCCUCACAGCAGCCAUCAGACCACAUGGUAUAUUUGGACCCAGAGAUCAACAAAUGCUACCAGUUACAGUGGAAAUGGCUAAGGCUGGUAAAAUGAAGUUCAUUAUUGGAGAUGGUAAGAACCUUGUAGAUUUCACUUAUGUAGAGAAUGUUGUACACGGACAUGUGUUAGCAGCGGAACACCUACAGAAUGGAUCUGUCGUUUGCGGCAAGGCAUAUAACAUAACGAACGAUGAACCGAUCUACUUUUGGACAUUCUUAUCCCGUUUACUUCAAGGCCUUAAUUACCAAGCGCCCACGAUACAUCUACCGUACUAUCUUAUUUAUUACAUUGCUUUAUUUGUACAAAUUAUAUGCUUCCUACUCAAAUUAUUUAUUGAAAUAAAACCCAGCUUCACACCGAUGAGAGUCGCCUUAGCUGGAACGCAUCAUUUUUACAGUUGUGAGCGUGCUAAGAAAGACAUGGCUUACAAACCAGUGGUCAGUUUAGACAGAGCAAUUGAAAUAACUUUGGAAAGUUUUCAACAUCUUAAAAAUAAGUAA